AUGCCGUCGUGGCCGAACAGCAACGAGACGUCGGACGACGAUGACGAGUACAUGAGCGAGUUCAGCAGCAUGCAGAUGGAGUACUUUCAAACUCCUGACACCGUGAUAGACCCUAGUUUCUGUGGGCUUGUGACUGAAUCUGACAGAAGGUGCAUCCUGCACAGGCAGAGGCCGGGCAAGUUUGUGGCAUUUGAAGGCACUGACACUGGCAGGAGAUUCAUAGGAUGUGCUACUGAGGAUGGUGUGAACUGUGGUCUUCUGGAGUGGGUAGAUGCCCCCUGGCCUGUAAUUCUGCAAAGGUGCUUAAGCAAGCUCUAG